ACACACGAAGAAGAAAACAUGUGUGUGACUCAGACCUGUAAUAAUAAUAACGCUAACCAACGAGAGGCAAUUAUGUCAUUUAACCGUCCUCCACCUCCUCCUCUUUCAGCUCCUCUGUCUCUUCAAAAGUCAGAAAUAUUGACUGACUAUAGCAGCAGAAUUGAGCAGAGUCAUCCAAUUCAGAAGAAAGAGCUGAGAAGGAAAUGGUCUGAGAAUCUUCACCGGAGGAUCGUUGAUGCUCUUCAGAAGAUUGGAGGGUCACAAGUGGCAACACCAAAGCAAAUUAGAGAUAUCAUGAAAGUUGAUGGUUUAACCAAUGAUGAAGUCAAGAGUCAUUUACAAGUAAAAGUCCUUAUCUUUUUUUUUUUGUACAAACUUGAAAAACUUUGA